UCGAGCCGACUUUUCGCCAAUGGUCCAAAGCGACAUGUCCAAGUCGCCUCCCACAGCGGCGGCGGCGGUGGCGCAGGAGAUCCAGAUGGAGCUGCUGGAGAACGCGGCUCCCGCGGGGGCGCUCGGAGCGGCCGCACAGGUAGCGAGAGCGCAGCGCCUUCUCCUUUCUUUGUGAGCCGCCCGGGCGCCGACCUCCAUCUCUCCGGGCGCCUCCUCUCCUAGCAUCCCUACCCUGCCGCUCCCUGCUGCCUGGGUCUCCUCCGCCACCUCCUCCUUCCUCGCCCUUUGCCACCCACUCUCCUCUCCUGGCGCCAGUGACCCUGCCCCUUUUCGCCUUUCCCUGGCUCUUCUCCGGCUUCCAUUUUUCUCUGCUUCCGAAAAGCAAGUGGGAAGGGGCGGGGGAGACCUCCCGGUCUUCAGAGGCUGCCCCCGGACUGCUCCGGUCAGCCCUCCUCGCCCCUUCCCGGGAGAGGCACAUGGAGAGACAUGAACCAGGCGAGUGGACUGGACCUGCUCAAGAUCUCAUAUGGAAAAGGAGCUAGAAGGAAAAACAGAUUUAAAGGAUCGGAUGGGAGCACUUCUUCUGACACUACCUCAAAUAGUUUCGUUCGUCAGGGUUCGGCAGACUCCUACACCAGCCGUCCAUCUGACUCAGAUGUUUCUUUGGAGGAAGAUCGAGAGGCAGUGCGCAGAGAAGCAGAGCGACAGGCCCAGGCGCAGUUGGAAAAAUCCAAGACAAAGCCCGUUGCAUUUGCCGUUCGGACAAAUGUCAGCUACAGUGCAGCCCAUGAAGAUGAUGUUCCGGUGCCAGGCAUGGCCAUCUCUUUCGAAGCAAAAGAUUUUCUGCAUGUUAAGGAAAAAUUUAACAAUGACUGGUGGAUAGGGCGAUUGGUUAAAGAAGGCUGUGAAAUCGGAUUCAUUCCAAGCCCAGUCAAACUAGAAAAUAUGAGGCUACAGCAUGAACAGAGAGCCAAGCAAGGGAAAUUCUACUCCAGUAAAUCAGGAGGAAAUUCAUCAUCCAGUUUGGGUGACAUAGUACCUAGUUCCAGAAAGUCUACACCUCCGUCCUCUGCUAUAGACAUAGAUGCUACUGGCUUAGAUGCAGAAGAAAAUGAUAUUCCAGCAAACCACCGCUCCCCUAAACCCAGUGCAAACAGUGUAACGUCACCCCACUCCAAAGAGAAAAGAAUGCCCUUCUUUAAGAAGACAGAGCACACUCCUCCUUAUGACGUGGUACCUUCCAUGCGACCAGUGGUCCUGGUGGGCCCUUCUCUGAAGGGGUACGAGGUCACGGAUAUGAUGCAGAAAGCAUUGUUUGAUUUUUUAAAACACAGAUUUGAAGGACGGAUAUCUAUCACGAGGGUCACCGCUGACAUCUCACUGGCCAAACGCUCUGUGUUAAACAAUCCCAGUAAGCACGCAAUAAUAGAGAGAUCCAACACAAGGUCAAGCUUAGCGGAAGUUCAGAGUGAAAUUGAAAGGAUUUUUGAACUUGCAAGAACGUUGCAACUGGUAGUCCUUGAUGCAGAUACUAUUAAUCAUCCAGCUCAACUUAGUAAAACCUCUUUGGCCCCUAUUAUAGUGUACGUAAAGAUUUCUUCUCCUAAGGUUUUACAAAGGUUAAUAAAAUCUCGAGGGAAAUCUCAAGCUAAACACCUCAAUGUCCAAAUGGUGGCAGCUGAUAAACUGGCCCAGUGUCCUCCAGAGUUGUUUGAUGUGAUCUUGGAUGAGAACCAGCUCGAGGAUGCCUGUGAGCACCUUGCCGACUAUCUGGAGGCCUACUGGAAGGCCACCCACCCUCCCAGCAGCAGUCUCCCCAACCCUCUCCUUAGCCGCACGUUAGCCACUUCAACUCUGCCUGUUAGCCCCGCUCUAGCCUCUAAUUCACAGGGUUCUCAAGGCGAUCAGAGGACUGACCGCUCUGCUCCUGCCCGUUCUGCUUCCCAAGCUGAAGAAGAACCCUGCCUGGAACCAGUCAAGAGAUCCCAGCACCGUUCUUCCUCCUCAGCCCAGCACCACAACCAUCGCAGUGGGACAAGUCGAGGCCUCUCCAGGCAAGAGACGUUUGACUCGGAAACCCAGGAGAGUCGAGACUCUGCCUACGUAGAGCCAAAGGAAGAUUACUGCCACGAACACGUGGACCACUAUGCCCCACACCGUGACCACAACCACAGAGAUGAGCCCCACGGGAGCAGUGAGCAUAGACACAGGGAGUCUCGGCACCGUGCCAGGGACUUGGAUCGAGAGCAGGACCACAACGAGUGCAACAAACAGCGAAGCCGCCAUAAAUCCAAGGAUCGCUAUUGUGACAAGGAUGGAGAAGGAAUAUCCAAAAAACGGAACGAGGCUGGGGAAUGGAAUAGGGAUGUUUACAUCCGCCAAUAACUUUGGCCCUUUUGUGUUUUUUUUUUUUUUUUAAGUAAGUCUUGUAUAACAGCACCCUCAAACUAAAUCUUUGGGGGGGUCUACAUUGCAAUCAUAUGUGAUCUGUCUUGUAUAUUUUGUACUGCUGUUGCUUGAAUAGCAAUAGCAUGAAAUAGAGUAUUAAUAUACUUUUUUUUCUUUUGUAAGUGCUAUAUAAAUUCGCCUGGUAUGGCUGCAGUCCUCCGGUUGUAUACUGGACUUUUUCAAAAACUGUUUGGGGUAGCUGCCACUUGAACAAAAUCCGUUGCCAUCCACGUGGCGUUAGUAUUUUAAGAAAUGUAGUUGUUUUCAAAAAUGUAGUUGAUGUAUCCAGCAAGCCAGAAUCAGCCAAGAUAAGAAGUGGAAUUUCUUGAUUCUCCAUAUUUUAAAUAUGUAGGCACCUGAUUUGCAUAUUCAUUCAUCCAUGGACCACUGUUUCUUGCUUGUACCUCUGGCUGACUAAAUUUGGGGACAGGUUCUGUCUUGCCUUACACAAAGGGGAUCAUAAAGUUAGAAUCUAUUUUCUAUGUACUAGUACUGUGUACUGUAUAGACAGUUUGUAAAUGUUAUUUCUGCAAACACCUUCUUAUGAUAAUUAUAUAUAUAAUAUAUAUAUAUAUAUAUCAGUUUGAUCACACUAUUUUAGAGUCUUAAUGCCAAGUCAGCAGAUUUGCUUUAUGAAUUACAGGGACUAGAAAUGCCCACCUUCAGGAAAUUUGUAAUAACAUCAUCUAGACACCUAUCCCCACUCUAGUAGAAAGUCUGUACAUACUGUAAAUACGUGUGAUUGCUUGACUUGAAAAGGUUUGAUUUCUGAAUGUUUUACCAUCCUUGUAAGUUUAUAAUUUUGACCAUAAAUUAUGGUAAAUAUAACCAAACUCCAAAGGUUGUUCUAAUCCAUGCAGUUCACACUGAUUGUGACAAACACAUUCUUAGUAGCUAGUGUCUUACGUCACUGCACUGGAAUAUACGAGCCGGAACUCUGUGUGCGUGCACGUCUGUGUGUAAGCGUGUGCGUGAGUGACUGGUUGAGAUGAAUCUGAAUGCUGAAGACUUGUCAAGAAACUAGAGACUGAUAUCCAGAAUUCUACCCACCU